GUCCUGGAGCCCGAGGCGCGGCGCGCAACGCACGCCGGGAGUCGGCCCAAGCCGCCAAGAUGUCGCAGCCCAAGAGAAGAAAGCUUGAGUCGGGGGGCGGCGGCGAAGGAGGGGAGGGAACUGAGGAGGAAGAUGGCGGAGAGCUGGAGGUGGCUGUGCCGCGACCCCGGAGGACUAGGCGGGAGCGGGACCAGCUGUACUAUCAGUGCUACUCGGACGUAUCGGUCCACGAGGAGAUGAUUGCCGACCGCGUCCGCACCGAUGCCUACCGCCUGGGCAUCCUGCGGAACUGGGCAGCGCUGAGAGGCAAGACCGUGCUGGACGUGGGCGCGGGCACCGGCAUCCUCAGCAUCUUCUGUGCCCAGGCCGGGGCCCGGCGCGUGUACGCGGUGGAGGCCAGCGACAUCUGGCAACAGGCCCGGGACGUGGUGCGGCUCAACGGGCUGGAGGACCGGGUGCACGUCCUGCCGGGACCGGUGGAGACGGUGGAGUUGCCGGAGCAGGUGGAUGCCAUCGUGAGCGAGUGGAUGGGUUGCGGACUUCUGCACGAGUCCAUGCUGAGCUCUGUGCUCCACGCGCGGACCAAGUGGCUGAAGGAGGGCGGUCUUCUCUUGCCGGCUUCCGCCGAGCUCUUCGUGGCGCCCGUCAGCGACCAGAUGCUGGAGUUGCGCCUAAGCUUCUGGAGCCAGAUGAAGCAGCUCUACGGCGUGGACAUGAGCUGUCUGGAGAGCUUCGCCACGCGCUGCCUCAUGGGCCACUCAGAGAUCGUGGUGCAAGGCCUGUCCGGCGAGGACGUGCUGGCCCGGCCGCAGUGCUUUGCCCGGCUGGAGCUGGCCCGCGCCGGCCUGGAGCAGGAGCUGGAGGCCGGGGUGGGCGGGCGCUUCCGCUUCAGCUGCUAUGGCUCGGCUCCCAUGCACGGCUUUGCCAUCUGGUUCCAGGUAACCUUCCCCGGAGGGGACUCGGAGAAACCCGUGGUGCUCUCCACCUCGCCUUUCCACCCCGUCACGCACUGGAAGCAGGCGCUCCUCUACCUGAACGAGCCGGUGCAAGUGGAGCAAGACACCGAUGUUUCCGGAGAGAUCACGCUGCUGCCCUCCCAGGACCACCACCGUCACCUGCGCGUGCUGCUGCGCUACAAAGUGGGCGACCAGGAGGAAAAGACCAAAGACUUUGCCAUGGAGGACUGAGCGUGGUCGUCUGUCCCAGCUACCUCCCAAGGCGGCCAGACCGGCGCGGGAGAGGCGGAGGGUUGGAGGAGUGAGGGAGAUUCCACGUGCAAGUAGGGGGCUUUAUCAUCCGUCUCCCUUUCCCCCCAGGGCUCCUGGGGAGGGAGUGACUUCAGUCUCCCUUCCAGGAGAUUCUUCUGGCGAUAUUUAUUAAAAAAAAUGAUUUCGAUUCCCCUGCCACAACCGAAACAGCGUGUUUAUUAAGGGCCCUUUAAACCUCAAAAGCACGUGGUACCAGGCACUCCUUUUUCUAUUUCGUUUCGUGCAAAUGAAAGGGGGAAGAAAAUAGCAGUUUGUGAAGGCUCCAGUCACAUCCCUGACACCUCACACCCUAGUCUAAAGCCAGGGAAAGGGUAAAAGGGUUUAUAGUUGGACUCCAUGUAUUUCCGAUAAGAUGGGAUAUCACUCCAGAGCCAUAUUCUCUCAUUUUCUGAAUUUCCUCUCUUCCCAGGUGCCUCUAGACUACAGUAUUUUGUCCUCUUUUUUUUUUUUUUU